AUGAGGGCGCGGCCGCAGGUCUGCCAGGCGCUGCUCUUCGCCCUGGCGCUCCAGACCAAUGUGUGCUAUGGCAUCAAGUGGCUGGCGCUCUCCAAGACCCCGGCGGCCCUGGCGCUGAACCAGACGCAGCACUGCAAGCAGCUGGAGGGCCUGGUGUCCGCGCAGGUGCAGCUGUGCCGCAGCAACCUGGAGCUCAUGCACACCAUCGUGCACGCCGCCCGCGAGGUCAUGAAGGCCUGCCGCCGGGCCUUCGCGGACAUGCGCUGGAACUGCUCCUCCAUCGAGCUCGCCCCCAACUACCUGCUUGACCUGGAGAGAGGGACCCGGGAGUCAGCCUUCGUGUAUGCGCUGUCGGCGGCCGCCAUCAGCCACGCCAUCGCCCGGGCCUGCACCUCCGGCGACCUGCCCGGCUGCUCCUGCGGCCCCGUCCCAGGUGAGCCACCCGGGCCCGGGAACCGCUGGGGAGGAUGUGCGGACAACCUCAGCUACGGGCUCCUCAUGGGGGCCAAGUUUUCCGAUGCUCCUAUGAAGGUGAAAAAAACAGGAUCCCAAGCCAAUAAACUGAUGCGUCUACACAACAGUGAAGUGGGGAGACAGGCUCUGCGUGCCUCUCUGGAGAUGAAGUGUAAGUGCCACGGGGUGUCCGGCUCCUGCUCCAUCCGCACCUGCUGGAAGGGGCUGCAGGAGCUUCGGGAUGUGGCCGCCGACCUCAAGACCCGCUACCUGUCGGCCACCAAGGUGGUGCACCGACCCAUGGGCACCCGCAAGCACCUUGUGCCCAAGGACCUGGACAUCCGGCCUGUGAAGGACUCGGAGCUCGUCUAUCUGCAGAGCUCCCCUGACUUCUGCAUGAAGAACGAGAAGGUGGGCUCCCAUGGGACGCAGGACAGGCAGUGCAACAAGACGUCACAUGGCAGUGACAGCUGUGACCUCAUGUGCUGUGGACGCGGCUACAACCCCUACACAGACCGUGUGGUCGAGCGGUGCCACUGCAAGUACCACUGGUGCUGCUAUGUCACCUGCCGCAGGUGUGAGCGCACGGUGGAGCGCUACGUCUGCAAGUGAGGCUGCUCCGCUCCUCGGGGACCCUCAGAGGCUGGCCAAGGGGCCUGGAGACGCCCCAUGGAUUUUGGCUUGUGAAUUCCAGAUGCUAGACGUGGAAGGAGGCUUGUCCUCUGCCGCCACUUGGAAACCACCAGGAACAGAAGGCCGGGCCACCCGGGAAAGAGGGCCAGGACAUCA